ACAUUUAGUUGGAGCGAAAAGAAGUCUGGAGUCAGACAGCGAGUGCGCCCUGUCUCCUCUUUUGAUCAUUUUAUUUUUACAGCCGUACCUGUGUUUCUACACACUGAUGCUUCAAUGAACAAGCAGCUUAUUUGUUGGCCUUUGGAUGAAGUUGGAGUAUUCUUCUUGCAAGACAAACACAAUGUGACCAUGUUGAAUCAGUGACUGUUUUCUCCUUAUCGGAUUUCGGAGUACCUUAAUCGAUCCAAGGAAGAGAAUAAGAAUGGGCAAACUUCAGUCUAAACAUGCGUGUAAGCGCAGAGAAAACCCUGAAGGAGACAGUUUUGUUGUGAAUGCUUUCCUCCGGAGAGGGAUGGAGGAAUGUGAACGGUACAGCGCGACGGAUCACAAGCUGAAGAACAUGCAGGAGUUUCCGAAUGGUGAGCUGAAGGAAGGACAAUUCAUAGAUCAACACUGUCCCCUAGAGGUGGUUCUUCCUCCCGAGAAAGCUGAGGGUUGUGAAAGCUACCUACAGUACCUGCACUCAGAUGACGGAGAGAGAGAAAUACUUAGAGACUCCACCAAAGCUCCGGGGAAGAAACGCAUCAGUCUGGAUGACUUGGAGUGUGAUGUUUCUCUGGAGGAUGAUAACCGUCAGGAGUGGAUCUUCACCCUUUAUGACUUUGACAACAGUGGCAAAGUUACAAAGGAGGACAUGUCUAGUCUGAUGCACACUAUCUACGAUGUGGUGGACGCCUCUGUGAAUCACUCGUGUCACAAUAAGAGCAAGACUCUACGAGUGAAACUGACCGUUACACCAGAGCCCAGAAGCCAUAGAAAAGAAACAGGGACAGAUCGAUGUCAUCAGGAGGAGGGGCGUUCUGCAGACAAACGACUGUCUUCUUACAUCAGCAGCAGAGGGCAGAGCAACGAGGCGCCGACCACUGAGGGUCAGCAUUACUGUGUGGAUGAGAACACAGAGAGGAGGAAUCACUACCUGGACCUGGCAGGAAUAGAGAACUACACCUCCAGAUUUGAAGGAACCACCCCUGCCUUCCCUCCACAGGAGACUCAUGGUCGAAGCUCCCACAGCCAGAGUCGCUCUCGCUCUCAAGAACCCGAACCCCAGGUUGUUCACCAUCGCCGCUCGCAGGUCAUCAGCGAUAGCUACAACCCCACAGAGUCUCGUAGCAAGGGUACGCAGUUUCUCAAAUCUCCCAAAGGAACCUACAAGGGUGGUGGAGGAAAUAAUGGGGGUGGUGGAGGUGGGAAGUCCACUAAGUGUCACGGCCACCACCCCCCUCUGCAAACCAUGCUGCACAGUGGCAACGCAGUGGCCCACAGCGGUCAGGAUGUGUACCACCUGCCCCACCAAGCCCAAACCUCCAGCCACCACCAGCACCCGCUGCAAUACAGUCACAGCAAACGCAUUCGGGCCAAAGCCAGAGAGGCUCUGUCUCCGUCCAAAACCCCACUCUCCCCUCAGUCCCACCCCCAGCAGCAGCCCCCUGUGCCCUCUGUACUGCCAAGCCUGGAGAGAGAGCAAGCGUCCGGCCCACCUGGGAGCCCGGGGUUUGUGGUUCCUGUGGUCCAGCGCCACGAGCACCACCAUCAUCAUGAACACCACCACCACCACCACUACCACCAUUACCACCAGACAUGACCGCCUUCAGUGUGCAGUGACUGAAACUGUACAGGACCAACCACAACCACCACACCAGUCUGAAGGACUUAACAUCCCAUAGGAGUGUCUCACACUCUGUCCAGGAUCUUUUUAUUCUCCUCUUGCAAGCUAUACAGAUAUAUCCUGAGAUUAGAUGUACUGGGGAAUCAUGUAAUGUGAUGGCAGAUUAUGUUGGACCAGAAGGAUGUUUUUUCUGAAGCUAUUGUGUCAUAUUAUGUGUGGACAGUUUGGAAGAAUAUAUGUAGAUUUUCUGCUGGGACUGCAUCAUUACCCAUAUUCAGUGGGGGUACAGAUACCAGAAAGCUACCAAUCAGAGGACUGUUACUGUAACAUCCCUCCCUCUUGACGCUGUCGGUUGAAGUCCCUGGAAGCUAUGUGUCAAAGUAGGUGUGUCGUUCUGUGUGAGACAUUUCCAAAACAUGGAUCUCAGGUGUUAAGGUGCUGCUGCUCUUGUGCUUUACAUAGAGGCUGCUUCCUCCGGGAGGCCUGCUGUGGACUGAGGGGUUUCCUGUUUAGGGUGGGGGAGGGGG